AUGGAAAUUUUGACAGACUCUCUGUUCUUUCAAACGUGCCACUUAUGUGACAAGGCUUUCACUCAGGAGCAUCCGUACAAGCGUCACGUCAAUUAUUGCCGCCGCGCCCAGACUCAACGCAAAGGACGCCCAAAGUCUUGCACUUCCUGUAGAAUAGCCAAGACGAAAUGCGACUUUGUUCAGCCAUGUUCGAGAUGCACGACGAAGGAUCUGCGAUGCACGUUUGGUCGACCAGUUCGCAACGGACCUGCGACAUCAAUUGAGCAUUGCCAAGAUCUCAAUGCUCGACCAAAUAAUGAGCUGGAGGCCCUUAAUGGAUUCUUUCCAUAUGAAACUCCGAGUAUUUCCCUUGAGCUGGACGACUUCGCAAGCGAUUUCGUUUCGUCGCUGACCACUAUAUCAACCGAUCCCUCUGGUCUCAUGCCGGCUUCUCUGGAAAUGUUUCCGUCCAGCUUCACAAACGAUAUGCAAAUUCGCGUACCUCCGAGAUCGCUCAGCUCCAAGGGAGAUCUAACGCGCGUAUCUAAUCGUCUUUCAAGCAUGCAGCACGCGUCGAGAGUCAUCAUGCAGAUGCUCUACGCAUAUCCGCAGAUGAUGCUCCGGCGGCAAACGUUCCCGCCGUUUAUUCACCCCCACUGGCAUUUAAAAACUCUCCCUGAGACAUUGGGGAAUUGUAUGAGCCUUUGUCAGCUGUUUGCCGCCCGAACGCCAGAAACACAGUCGUUCUUGUGGAGGAUGGUCGCUUCUGAGGAGGAGCGCUUUCGGGAAAAGCUACAUACGUUCUCUCCUCAUGAAGUACAUCUGUGUCUGGAGGCUAUGAUCAUUUACAUGAUGAUGUCGAUGAGCGAACUUGAUUCAGAAAGCAAGGAGCGAACUACUAAGCUCUUCGAAACAGCUGAGCUGAUCGGCUCCCGAUUUCUUGAUCAUACCGGUAGCUACUCGACCACUGAAAUAGCCGAGCCAAGUUCAACAUGGGAAGACUGGAUCUUCGCAGAAUCGCGCCGCCGAAUGUCAUGUCUCUGGCUGAUCAUAGGCUGUGUAAUCACCAUUGAGAAUGGGAAGAAAUGCAGCAUCUGCAGCGACAUGUGCAGUCUUCCUCUCCCAUCGAGUAAACUAUUGUGGGAAGCGAGAAGUUUUGAGGAAUGGCAGACGGAGAAGGCUUUCUUUGAUAUGAGCUGUCCUAUGAUUACGUUGGGUGAGCUCGUUGAAGCGAAGACAAACGCAGGAAACCCGGUUGGAGCGCAGAGGCUGCAGAGUUGGGAGAUGGGGAGCGAUAAGAUGGCUGCCAUGUUGAACAUUGCUGUUGAGUUUGUAUGGGGCACCGUUUUAUAA